UACGCAGGCGCAGAGCGGUGCAGGGCCGCUGCGGCCGCUCCCUGGCUGGCAGUGCUCGCUAAGAUGGCGGAUUUCCUGCCGUCGCGGUCCUCGCUGUCGGGCUGCUUCCCCGGCUGCAUGCUCAACAGCAGCGAGGCCGAACAGCAGCGGCGGUCUAAAGAGAUCGAUAAGUGCCUGUACCGCGAGAAGACCUACGUCAAGCGGCUCGUCAAGAUCCUUUUGCUGGGCGCGGGCGAAAGCGGCAAGAGUACGUUCCUCAAGCAGAUGCGCAUCAUUCACGGGCAGGACUGGGACCGGUCAGCCCGGGAGGAAUUCCGCGCCACCAUCUACAGCAACGUCAUCAAGGGUGUUAGAGUCCUUGUGGAUGCUCGUGAGAAACUUCAUAUUCCAUGGGGAAAUCCUGCUAAUCAAACAAAUGGCGACAAGAUGAUGGCCUUUGAUACCCGUUCAGAAGUGGUGCAAGGGAUGGUGCAAACCUAUACUUUCUUACAGUACCUACCAACAGUAAGAGCUUUGUGGGCAGACAGUGGUAUCCAGCAUGCUUAUGACAGACGCAGAGAAUUUCAGUUGGGAGAAUCUAUAAAAUAUUUUCUGGACAAUUUGGAUAAACUUGGAGAUCCAGAUUAUCUUCCCUCCCAGCAAGAUAUUCUGCUAGCACGAAGACCUACAAAAGGAAUACACGAGUACGAUUUUGAAAUUAAAAAUGUUCCCUUCAAGAUGGUUGAUGUAGGUGGCCAGAGGUCAGAAAGAAAACGUUGGUUUGAGUGCUUUGAUAGUGUCACUUCAAUACUAUUCCUGGUUUCAUCAAGUGAGUUUGAUCAGGUACUUAUGGAAGACCGGCUAACAAACCGUCUUACGGAAUCUUUGAACAUUUUUGAAACUAUAGUCAACAAUCGGGUUUUCAGCAAUGUGUCCAUCAUUCUCUUUCUAAACAAGACAGACUUGCUUGAGGAAAAAGUGCAAAAAGUGAGCAUCAAAGACUAUUUCCCAGAGUUUGAAGGAGACCCUCACAACUUAACAGAUGUCCAAAAAUUCCUGGUGGAUUGUUUUCGCACCAAACGCCGGGACCAGCAACAGAAGCCUUUAUACCACCAUUUUACCACUGCUAUUAAUACAGAAAAUAUUCGUCUGGUAUUCCGUGAUGUCAAAGAUACCAUCCUUCAUGACAACCUCAAGCAGCUUAUGCUACAGUGAUGUUGAAAAGACUGAUUUCUGUUAAUAGUUUACAGCAGGAGUUUAAAAAGUAAACCUGGUCUUGUCAGACCUCAUGAUGUGUGGGUAAAAGCUGCUGCUGUUCUUAUUGCCAAUUUCUCUUAAAAUCAGAAUCUCUUCCUGUUCAUAUCUUAAAUCAGUUUUAACUUUUAAUAGACUUUUUUUAAAGCUAACUCCAGGUUUUAAAUUAUUCUCUUUUUCAACUAUAACGCCUAAACUAUUAACUUGUAGAUAUGUGCUUGAAAGAAAUUAUUUGGAAACAUGCAAAGUUCUUUCAACUGGUUGGAUUUUAAGAGCGCUAUUGAAGAGUUUUCUGACUUAGACAACCACCACCAAUUGUUGUAUAUGGAAAAUGGCUUUGCUUUGUCAAAUAAUUAACCUAUAUUUCAAGUUUACAAAUGCACUUCUGCUUCCAUGACAAUAGAAAGUGCUUUUAGAUGGUACAAGAAAAAAACAAAAAUUGCCACUGAGUAUUUCAGUCAAAAUGAAUCAUACAUAGGAAUUCUUGGUCUUAUUUGGUUUUUGCUAGAUCAUAUAGUUUGACAAAACCCCAUGAUUUUACAAUUUGGGCCUCAGCUAACUUAAACCAAAAAGCUGCUUCCUGCAGCUUUGAGAGUCCUUCUUAAUUGCCAUGAAUAAGCCAUUGUCUGAGAACACUCCUUUUUCAUUUACUAAGAUAUUGUGAAUUGAAUAAUGGUGGAAGCCAAGCACAAGAUUUGUUUUUCCCAAACAGUAAUUCAGUUUAUAGAUGUCAAAUGUAGCUUAUUAAAGAAAGCUAACACACUGAGUAUAUAUAGCUGUAGUUGACAGUAGUGGCCAUUAUAUUAGCUAAAAAACCCUAAAAUUGAAUUGAAGUGUAAAGCAGCUGAAUAAUAUUAGACAAAUGACACCUUAAAAAGGGUAAAAUUAAAAAAUUAUUCGACCUUAUGGCUCAGUUACACAUGUUGAAGACUUAAUUUUGCAAUAAAAUAAUCAGUAAAAAUAAUAGCUUUGUUGAUGCUUUGGUAUUGGUCAAAAGCCAGUGUCAUCUGUAAUUCUGAAUAUCUUUAAUUAUACAUUUUAUUCUAGGUUUUACCAUAUUGAGCUUUAAAGAGGAUAUUUACAAAAGGGAUUGACACUUGGGUUCUAAUGUUUAAUGCAAUAAAAUAUAUUUGCUUUGCUUAAGAAUAUAAACAAUUAGCAAAUUUCCCUUCUUUGUUUCAUUUAUUACACAGGCCAAAUUUAGUCAUUGUUCUAAAAGGAACCCAACUAUUCUGUAGUUUUUAUAAAGGAAAUCCAUGUUUUUAUAUUUUUGAAAGAUACGUUUUUGCCAUUUGUUAGACUAGGAUAAUUAAGUUUUUGUGCCAAUUAAAUGCUUUAACAGUAACUGGCCUAGUCCAGUACCAGUAAAUGGUUAACUGAUGCAGUAUCUUAUAAUCUAAAGUGCCUCUUGGGUUUUUUUUUAAACUAAUAGUGGCCUUACAGUGAAUACCAGUUUAGCUGGUUGGAGGAAAAAAGCGUCAAAAUCAUAACAGACAACAGAGUGCAAAUAAAUGAUCAUUGCAUUUUUUGCUAGAGUACAAAGCCAACAUAAUCAGAACCUUCAGGAUUCUAGGAUGAAACAAAAUGAGGGAGUGCCAUUUUUUCUAUAUUGGUAUUUUAGAAUACUACCAGCACUGUUAAAAAGAGGGGAGUGAAUGGUUUUUUGCAAGACCUUUAAGCCUAGACUUUUUAAAAAAAAAAAAAUACUUCAGUCUAGAAAUUAAAUCCAUCAGAAGUUGAAAUAAAACAAUACAUACAAAAAUGAAAUAUCAAUUUUACAACUCUGAUGACAGUAUUGUUCAUAGCAGGGGUGUCAAACUUGUGGCCUGCGCGCCAUAUUCGGCAUACACCAGCCACACCCAUCCAGGCUGAUGGCAAUGUGACGCGGCGAGUUUGACACCUGUGGGUUUCCUUUGUACUCCAGAAAAAUAACUUUUAGAGAACAUUGAGGAAAUUUAUUAAGGUAAUGUUUCAUUCUGGAAAUAAAAUUAAAGCAACUGUGGAAUGUAAGUGAUCAUUAUAAAUCUCAAUAUAUUUCAUGCAUAUGGGCUUACAUGUAUUUUAAGUAGCUGUAAGGGACUAUGAUUUUAAUGAUAGGAGAUGGUGGUUUUUCCUUCUUCCACAGAUCUGCUUUUCUCCCCAUCAGUCAUAUAUACAGAAUUUAAGAGUGGCAGAAUUGGUAGGAAAUGUAGUCCAGAGAUAGUUAAGUAGUACUUUUCCCAGGUACUAAUUUAUCGUGGAUUUUUUUUUUAUUUUUUAAAAAGAAUUAUUGGAAGGAUAAACUGUGUUGUGCCAAUUUUGGAUAACUGAGAUGCUGCAACAAAACCUUUGGUGACAGAUUGAGUCAUGGUUGCAAUGCUUAAAUCACCAGCUUGCAAACCUGAGGAUCCUCUAGUUCAGGGAUGUCAAACUCAAGGCCUGGGGGCCAGAUCCAGCCCGCAGGGUACUUCGAUCUGGCUCCCAGGGCCGCUUCGGAAACAGCGGACUGGUGUGCGGUGCUUCUGCCAGCAAAAACUGGCUCCUGAGCUCUGUUUUCAGAGGCCACGGCCUCCUACAAUCCUGCGCCAGUGAAAACGGAGCUCGGGAGUCGGCAGGAGUGACGUCAAGCUGGCCACACCCACCCCAGCCCCCUAAGAUCAAACACAACCCUGAUGCGUCCCUCAAUGAAAUCGAGUUUAACACACAUUGCUUUUUUCUCUCUUUCUUUUUCUUCUUCUCCUAUUACUAUGGACUCUAAACAUUGUUGGGUACGGACUUUAAUGCCCCCUUUGGGGUAUCUGAUAUUUUUAAAUAUAAUUUUAAUGUGUUCUAUAGUCUAAAAUAAAACGGGAGGUAAAAAAUUCUUGCUAACAAGAGUGGCUUAGUUUUUUCAAGUAAAAUUCUCUGUUGCCAGAGGCCUUCGUAGAAACAUUUUUUUUACAAACAUUUUUAAAAAUUCUUUUUAUUUGGUGUGAUAGUUUUUCAAAUUCAUGAGGACUUUUUAAGAAGUAUCUAAAUUACUUUUGACUUCAAAACAACUGACCUUUUUGUAUUUUAGAUUUUCAUAAAAUUCAGUUUUAAAAUCUAAAGCAGAAGUAUUUAAGUCCUUGCAUAAUUAAUUUCCUUAAAUUUUAACCAGGUCAUUUUUUAAAUAAACACAGUAUUUAGCCUUGUGCCUUAUUUUGCAGAAACUCAAUACAAAAAACCAUUUCUCAACGCUUGAGAAAUCCUCUAUUUUCUCACUGUGGAAUAAGUGAAAAUACAGGAUAGAAUGGAGCUUUGCCUCAUUCCCAAUUUCCUGUACUGAUAAUGCCAAAGAGUAGCUCAAAUAUAACUUAUUGACAAAACAAAGACGUCAGAAGGAUCGUCCUGAUGCUCUGUGACCACAGUCUGGCAGAUGCUUUUCUCUCAAGUUAAAUUUGACUCAGUUUUGAACAGAACUGGACAUUCAUUGUAUUUCUACAAAUGUUGCUGAGCUGCAACCACAGUUAUCCUUCCUAACUGGUUAUGUCAGCUUGCAUUGCUAAAAACUAACGUUCAACAUUAGACAACCAUAUAUUGCCCUAUUUUUAAAGGAUAAAUUGAAAUUGACAAAUUUCUUCUUAAACUGUUGGGUUAGGUUUUGUGUGUAUUAUGGUCAUCUGUUCAAAAAGCAAUUAAGAACUUCUGAUCAAUGGUACCACAACUUAAGUCUUAUUUUAAAAUCAGGUUAAAAUAUACAGCACUGCAAUAGUAUCCUUGACAGUUUUGUUUAUCUUAUACUUGAAAGCAGAUGAUUGCCAAUUAUUUAAAACUGCUUUCACUUUCUUCAACAGCAGCAACAGGUUAUGUAUUAUAAAGUUGUUUGUAAAACAUAUUUUGUAAUGACCCCACAGAAUCUUUAAUGAAACCAUGAUUUGUAUUACUUUUGUAUAAAUGAGGGAUAUGUUUUAUGACUAUACUUUUGAAAUAUGUGUAUCUUCUGUAACUUUCUAGGGAAGAAGAGAAUCUACUACUUUGUAAAUUCGCCCUACCCCUUUUUGUCCAUAGUUGGCAAUAAAUUAUUUCUAAAGAAAGUCUUCAAAUGUAUCAUUUAAAAUGGUUUGAUUACUAAAAGAUGAAACCUUCAUUUAGUAGUACAUUGCUCUCUGUACAUAAUUUGCAAGUGUUCAAGCCAUUAAUACUGCCUUGUGUAAAGUAAAUUACUGACAGUAAAUAAACAGUAUACAUCCUCA